CCUGUAACAAGUAACGCCAUCACGGUAAAAACAGUGGGAGGAGAGAGGGGGCUAGAAAGAGAGAGAGACAGAGACGGGGAAGUACACGUACUGCAGGCGCUUUGAGUAGAAUUUUAUGCGAGAACGUCUGUCUGUACCGAACUGGAAAAGUGGGCUGAAUUCUGAAAGGGAAUUUUUGACAACCAUAACAAGAUGUGUAGACCUACUCCGUGCUGUAUAGGGCAGCUGGCGUGCUGCUGUGGCUCGGCAGCCUGCUCCUGUUGCUGUGGCUGCUGUCCUAAGAUCAAGCAGUCCACAUCAACACGCUUCAUGUAUGUCCUCUACUUCCUCCUGGUCACCAUUGUCUGUGUCGUCAUGAUGUCACCUACUGUGGAACAGGAGAUGAGGGACCAUAUCCCGUUAUACAGGGACCUGUGUGAGAAGCUGAAUGCUGGUGAGAACUGCUCUACCUUGGUGGGUUACUCUGCUGUGUACAAGGUCUGCUUCGGCAUGGCCUGCUUCUUCUUCUUCUUCUUUAUAUUCACCCUACGAGUCAACUCUGCCACGGGCUGCCGUGCCGCCAUACACAACGGGUUUUGGUUCCUGAAGUUCAUAGCCUUGUUGGCCUGCUGUGUUGGAGGAUUCUUCCUGCCAGAGCAGGACAUCUUUCUGGAAGUGUGGAGGUAUGUUGGAGCCGGAGGAGGGUUCUUCUUCCUGCUGAUCCAGCUCAUGCUGCUGGUGGAAUUUGCUCACAGAUGGAACACUAACUGGAGUUCAGGUGUGAACGACAACCGUCUGUGGUAUGGAGCACUGGCCAUGGUCACCUUGGUGCUGUUCAGUAUGGCAGUAGGAGCUGUGGUGUUCAUGGCUCUGUUCUACACACACUCUCAGGCUUGUCUGCUCAACAAGGUGUUCCUGGGGGUCAACAGCAGCCUCUGUCUCAUAGUCACCCUGCUGGCUAUAUCGCCCUUCAUACAGAGACUCCAGCCUAAGUCAGGCCUGCUCCAGCCAGGAGUGAUCAGUGUGUACGUCAUGUACCUCACCUUCUCAGCCUUCUCCAGCAAGCCCAAAGAGAUGUUGGAGAUUAAUGGGGUGAAUACGACAGUUUGUGUGUUUCCCUUCAACUCUGGAUCAGAGAGCGACAAGAGGAUUGUAUCAAUAGUGGGAACUGUCAUCAUGUUCGGCUGUGUGCUCUACUCCUGUUUGACGUCCACCACCAGACGAAGCUCUGCAGCACUGCGUGUGUGUAGGAACAGCAUGCCUGAGACUGAGAGAGCUCGCUGCUGUUUCUGCUUUGGAGAUGACACAGAUGACUAUGAUGAGGAGAAGACUGGAGGAGGCCAAAAUGUUCUGUAUGAUGAGAGAGGGGGAACCAUCUACAGCUACACCUACUUCCACUUUGUCUUCUGCCUGGGUUCAAUGUAUGUCAUGAUGACAGUCACCAACUGGUUCCACUAUGACAACCAUAAGAUAGAUAAGCUGCUGGAUGGCAGCUGGUCGGUGUUCUGGAUCAAGAUGGCGUCGUGCUGGGUGUGUCUCAUCCUCUACAUCUGGACCCUGGUCGCACCCAUGGUCUGCCCCAAACGCUUCGAGGCCUAACACACACACACACACACACACACACACACACACACACACACACACACACACACACACACACACACACACACACACACACACACACACACACACACACACACACACACACACACACACACACACACACACACACACACACACAUUUUUCAGCCCAACACUACCUUCAGCUUUCUACAUGGGGUUUUGUAUUGUUUUCAUUUCCUUUUCCCCUACUUUACAUGGUUAAGCUAUUGUUUCCUUGAAGGCAGUUGCUGUCUUUUAAUUUUUUUACUACCUUUGAUACAUGGAGUAUUCUGUUACAUGCAGGGACUCUUCGGGGUGCCUAAAACAAUGGGCUGGACCAAAAUACAUACAGUCAUUUAUGUGGGACCACAUGAUCAUAGUGGUGCCCUGAUUCUGUUAUGGGAUGCCCAGCACCCUUGAGCACCAAUGUCAAUUAAACCCUUUUACAUGUUUGCUUA